AUGAGCACUGAGAGGAGCGGCGUUCUCAUCGUCGGAGCUGGCGAGCUCGGCCAAGCCGUCGUAAGCAGCAUUGUAUCACACCCUUCGAGAAACGGAAUACCUGUGUCUCUCCUCCUACGACAGGGAACCAUCACCUCACAAGACUCAGCGAAACAAACUCAGGUAUCUCAGUAUCGCAAUUUGGGCAUCAACCUCGUCCCUGGAGAUGUCGUAUCGGACUCUGUCGAGGACCUUGUCUCAACUUUCCGAUCAUUCCACACUAUCAUCAUCUGCACUGGCAUGUGGCUCCCAAGAGGCACGCAGCGGCGUAUCGCGCAAAUGGUGCUCGCAGCCGAAACACCACGGUUCUUUCCCUGGCAAUUUGGCCUCGACUUUGAGGCUAUUGGUCACGGAAGCGCGCAAGACCUCUUCGAUGAACAGCUCGAGGUCCGCGCCCUGCUUAGGGGGCAGCAAAAGACUGAUUGGACUAUAUUCUCGACUGGCAUGUUUCUGGAUUAUCUCUUCGACAGAGACUUCAACAUUGUCGAUAGGACGAACUCCGUCGUCCAUGCGCUGAAUGACUGGACCACCGAGGUGACGGUCACUUCAGUCAUGGACAUUGGCCGCAUCGUGGCUGAGGUCCUUUGGUGCCCUGAUAAGACUACAUCAGGCAUUGUCUAUGUUGCGGGCGAAACAAUAUCGUACGGGCGAUUGGCGGAUGAGGUAGAGAGGGCCGAGGGGCGCAAGGUCAAGCGCGAGCGUUGGAGCCUCGAGCUAUUGCAAGAAAGACUAGAAAAAGAUCCUGUGAAUCAUCUGAAGAAGUAUUACUGCGUGUUUGCAGCUGGACGCGGGGUUGCUUGGCCAAUUGAGCAGACAAUCAACUACAAGAGGGGAAUUACGUGCGAAACCGUCAAAGAUUAUUUGAGAAGAUAA